AGUAUAGAGCUGUUUGUGAGGAAGGGAGCAUUGAGCCAGGGAACUCUCUUGAAGGACGUUCUUAUGAGUGCGUCUGUGUGGAGGAAUUGAUCCCAACCGACAAGAAUGACCAGACAGUCCCAGAUCUCAGAAAUAAUCAAAAGGAAGAUUGUUUGGACUUCUGAUGUUGGUCAAUUGAAUCUCUCACUGGAGUUUUAUUUAAACUGCUAACCAGCCAUGAUUUCGAAUAGGAACGAUGGUCACUUGGAAGAAACUAGUUCAUCUUUAGAAGCACAAAAGCUUGCUCAUGUUAUAAGUUCAAAUAUCCAUAAAAUUGCACAAUAUUCUGCAGAAAUCCAAAAGACUUUGAGCUACUUCGGUAAACCUGAGGAUAAUAUUGAACUUCGACACCAGCUUCAGCAGAAGCAGCAGUUAGUCAACCACCUUGCUAAAGAAACUGAGAAGAACCUAAAGGAAUUUGGAUUAAUAAAAUCUUUAACUGACCAGAGGCAAAGGAAGAUAAUGAAAGAUCGUUUAGUAGCAGAAUUCACUACAGCACUCACUAAUUUUCAAAGAAUCCAACGAGAAGCUGCAGAAAAGGAAAAAGAAUUUGUAGCAAGAGUACGUGCUGGCUCACGUCUGUCUCAAGGUUUACCUGAUAACGAAAGUGAUGGGAAACUGUUGCCAUCUGGCCGCCAAAAUCAGGUUCAAGAUGAAAUAGAAGAUGGAAUUACAGUGGAGGACUUGGAGCUUAUCAAAGAACGAGAGUCUGCAAUUAGGCAGCUAGAGUCUGAUAUCCUGGAUAUUAAUGAAAUAUUUAAAGACUUGGGAAUGAUGAUUCACGAGCAAGGAGAUCUAGUUGAUAGCAUAGAAGCCAAUGUGGAAACUGCUGAAGUACAUGUUCAGCAAGCAAACCAACAACUAAGCAGAGCAGCAGAAUAUCAGCGCAAAUCUCGUAAGAAGAUGUUCAUCUUAAUUAUGUUAUUGGUCAUCAUAGCUGUGAUAGUGGGAAUCAUUAUCUGGGUUUCUGUGAAAAAAUAAAUUCAGAAGAUUUAACAUAGAUAUUGCAUUCAAAUACUGGCAUAACAUUAAACAUCAAUAGAGUCAGGGUUAUGUACUGAUGCCUAAUUCUUUAUUCUAAUAAAUAACAUUGAAAAUUAAACAGAUAUCCAAAGUAUGCUUUCUAACAAUAUAAUCAGAAAAUGUAAUUUAUAAAUUAAGAUGCUGUGCUUUGCAAAUUCAAAUGUCACCGAUCUAAUAAUAUACAUUGUCAAGUCUCGUGAUGCUUGUAACAACAUCGUGGAAAUUUUUCUCCCCCAUACCAGGUUGCCAUAAUCUUAAUCUUUCAAAUUCUGUUAACAAUUGUAGAUUUUAUUUUAGUUUUACCUAAUUUCCAGGCAAAAGGCAUUCCUAUUGGUAGAAGUAUGCCUGGUCCAGUGCCAAAACUGCUUUUCUCAUUUUUUAAAAUGGUGCCAGUUUAACCUAUUUUCUAUUCUUAUUUGCCUGUUGACAGCUUUGGCUUUGUGCCUGCUUAUAAUCACUAAAUGACAUUAGAAUGCACUCAGUAAUAUCAAUAGUAAGUAUCUAUAGACUUCUUUGUAAAAAGUAACUUGCAAUUGUCUGAUGUUUGCAACAUUUGCACUGAAUAAACCUAGUCUGACUUUGUAACACAUACACCCCUUUGUAUUGUGUGUAAUCUUGAUGAACAAUGCAGAAAGGACUAUAUUUGUAUUCCGGGGGAUGUAUCAUGCAUUUUAAUACAAAUUGUGCCAUUUCGAGAUUAUAUGCUUUGCAUAUGGUUUUUCAGACUUGGACCUAAAAAUUAGACUAGAUUGUAUAACAAAAUGCAAAAAUGCUGCUUAAAUAAACUAUUUGUCAAUA